AUGUUAGUUCACUCGGGAUUCUAUCCAGUGGAAUUUGCGAAUUGUCACCUUCCAUGUAUUUUCGACACUCCCGGGAUUUCGAACGUUUGCUUUAAGACUUCAAAGAUGUCAGAAGGAAAAAAAAUGCUGCAUCCUGAAUUCGCUGUUCGUCCAGUAAUGUACACUGGUUUAGGCGAUGUAAUUGGUUCUACUGUAUGGUCAAGUGAACAAGCAUCAUCAUUGGCUGCAAUUCCAGGAUCUAAAGUGGCAGAUUCAACUAACUUUCCACACCCGGUAGCUGAAUCUCUUGCAAAAUUUGGUAAAGCAGCUGAAAAAGCUAAUAGAAUGAGAGUUUUAGCUUCUGCUCAAGGUUUACAUGCACCAUUACGUUUAUCUAUGGAACAACGUAUAAUGCAACGCAUUCAACCUCGUCUACCUGGUUUAUAUUCUUAUCAUCCUUUGGCUAGUCAGCUAAAUGGAAGUUUAGAUGAGAUUGAUGUAUCUGACUUUAUUAAUCCUGCGGAAGAUUCUGAAUCUGUUGGAAUGCCCCAAUUAAUGAUAGAGCAUAAACUUGGUCUUUUGUAA